AUGAGCCGCAGCCCGGAGAGAAUCUCAUCCUACCGCCGUCACUUUGAGGACAUCAGCAGCUUUUCCCAUCAGGUCAGGGUGUCCAGCCCAUCCCCCACGAGGAGAGAGGCCCGUCAUGCCUCUGCCGGCUACUCCUGCAGAGCCGGGGCUGGCAGCAUGCGUGUGGAGUCAGUGGGAAGAAGGAACGUCUCGGCCGCACGCAGGUCUCGCAUGGUUGGAGCAGGUGUGAGUGCAGGGGCCAUGGUGUGUGUUGGGCCCAACGGAGAGCCUGCCAUGGACCUAGAUGUGGCUGCAGCUGAGAACCAGGAAUUCCUCACUACACGCAAAGGUGAGAGGCAUGAGAUGAUCGUCCUCAAUGAUCGACUGGCUGUUUACAUUGACAAGGUUCGAUCACUGGAGCAGCAGAACCAGCUACUGGAGUCAGAGAUCGAGGCCUAUCACAACCGCUUUGAGAGGCCAACAGGUCUGCGCCUCCUGUAUGAGGAACAGCUGAAGGAGCUGAGAAAGAUCGCUGAGCAGAUGAGAGUUCAGCGGGAUGUUUCCUUAGCGGCGAAGGAGUUCACAGCUGCUCACCUAGAGGCAAUCAAAAUCAAAUACGAGGAGGCAGUGGAGCUGAGGAAGAAAGCUGAGUUAGACAUUGAAACCUUCCGUCCGGAUGUGGACAAAGCCACCUCCUCACGCAUUGCCUUGGAGAAGAAGCUGGAGCAACUGGAAGUUGAAAUUGAAUUCCUGAAACGUGUUCAGCAACAGGAAAUUGAGGAGCUCAUGAAACAGAUCUAUUCAGCUCAUGCUGCAGCUGAGAGUGCGUUCACACUCCCUGACCUGGCUGCUGCUUUGAAACAAAUCCAAACCCAGUAUGACGACAUUGCAGCCAAAAAUCUCAAGGAAAUGGAUUCAUGGUAUAAAAACAAGUUUGAAGAUCUAACAAAGAAGUCAACGGGUCAUGUGGACAGGGUUCGAAGCUUUAGAGAAGAAGUGGCUGGUGCCAAAAAGGAUAUCCAAAACAAAGAGCGUGACUUGGAUGACCUGAGGACCAGGAAUGAAGCUCUCGAGGCUCAGAUCAGAGAAAUGCAGGAAAGGUACAUGAAGGAACAGAAAGACCUGCAGGCUCGGAUUGAGUCCCUGCAUCUGGAGCUGAAAACCACAAAGGAGAAAAUUGCACUGCACCUGCGUGAUUACCAAGACCUCCUGAAUAUGAAGAUGGCUCUGGAGAUUGAGAUAACAACUUACAGGUAA